AUGCGGUUGUAGAGCAGCGGUAAAAUAUUGUGUUGAGAAAAGAAAAUCGGCGAAUACGUAAUUAACGGUGUAAUAAUCCAUUCUAAGCGAGAAGUGAAUUUGAUACUAAUAUAUACAACAAGGGGUUCAUUGACGAGGCAUUUUUUAUAUUUUUUUUAAUGUUUUUUAAUUCUCAAGCCAAAUCCUAAACGUGUUUUUAUUUUCGUUCCGAAAGCAAAACUAUCUCAAUUAUAGAAAAACAAUGCAAAACAAUAGUACAUUAAUACACCCCUUUUCGCAUUAAAUAUUUUAUGGAAGUGGUUUCUUUUUUUUGUUUGCAUUUUCAUAAUUUUCAUUUGCAAAAGCUGUGUAUUUUAGCACUGAUAAAUGUGUAAGCCUUGUGUGUGAUAAGGGUGUCAAUAAGAAAAAUUUUGUUAAGCACUAAACUCAAUUAUGGAGAACUGAAGGCGCAAUGAAUAUCCAAAACUGAAGAUCGGUUCAAUCGGUUCGCAGAAUCUCUGGGAUGAGACGUCAUAAAAAAUGUGUAUGUGACCAGCGUCAAAUAAUGCCAUCGAAUUUCCAGCGUACCGUAGCUGCAAAAAGAGAAUGGACGGAUUGACAUGGCUAAAGCGACUGAGACAUUUUUGCUGCUUAAAAGGGGGGAAAGAAAAAGCGCGUAGCAAAGCUUUUCAUUCGAAAUCAGCGCAUCGACGCAAUGGCUGCGGCAGUAUUGAUGGAGAUGAGACAACCAAUCCUCACCCAGAUGAUGUUUUGGAAGCGCGUUUUGAACAGCUUAGCAGUACACCACCGCGCACCAGACUUAAGAUCAAAACACGUGAUUGGGAUCGUAAGCAAAGAGAUCAAGCAGUUUCUACGAUUGGAGCAAGUUGCGAUUUGACAGAGGAGCCGAAAAGAGGCACGGCACGGAAGGCACGUUCACGCGUUUUACGUCGAAAUACCAUGGAUUGUGCCUUACUCAAUGAAAUCUUUGUUGGUGAGGAUGGCAGUUUUUGUCCCAGGCGUACUGAUAAACGUGCUCUAGCCUUAAUACGUGGUGCAGAACGUGAAUUGAAAAAUGCCUUAGCUUUAACACAUAGCACUGUUGUCUUAAAUAAUUACAAUCGACGUCACGAGAGUAAGUCCUAUCAACGGGAAGCGUUUGAUAAAUGUAUUCCAUUAAAUAAUGAGACGGUAACGUUACGACAGCAACCAAAGGUGGUGGAAUCGUGCAAUCGUUAUAUGAGCGUUUCUUCGCGCCCUACUGGUUGCCGUGCAUCGGCCCCACCCCAAACGUUUGCCCAUAAUCAACAAUUAGCUACACAGCACUCACCAGAACUUAAAUUGCGUAGGGAAUUUCAUGAUACAUUUGCCAAUCUCAUUAAAUUAGGCAGUAUGGAUCGCCAAGAAGUAAAGCUUUCUUUAGAGGAGCAUACAUGGCAGACUGAAGUUAAAGAUUUAAUUUGGUUGGAGUUACAGGCGUGGCAAGCAGAUCGUACUCUUGAGCAACAAGAUAGAUAUUUAUUUAUGGCUCGCAAGGACGUACCGGAUUUGUUAACCGAAAUUAUUAAUUAUAAAUUUAAGCCAAAGUAUCGACGACAAGCAAGUACUGUUAGCAACGAUAGCGGCUUUAGUACAGACAACAGUGUCAGUAAUUCAGGCAAUCAAGCAGGCGGAAUAUUUUGUACCGGCUGUUUAUCUUUAUACUGUAAGGAUUGUUUAGAUCAGCAAGAACUCGCUAUGAAGGAAGUAGAAGAACUUCUAACACGUUUAGACGCUGCUGAGGCUUUAUAUCCGUCAACUCAGGCAAUGGGUGCCUUUCAUGCCGUAUACAAAAGUGAAAGUUUUGUUGGACGAAUCAAAACCAUGUGCCUAUGGUACAAUAUAACUCAACAAGCACGUUUAAAAUUGACGAUACUGGGUAAAAUAUUGGUGCGAUUACAGGGUGAAAGAUUCUCGUGGCCAGUGCAGACUUCCUUCAUAGCGAAUGAGGCAAACAGUGGCCAUUCAUCGGUAUCAGGUGCAGAUAACGACGACUCGGCUGUCAAUUCUCUUGAUUCUACGAAAAUGUCAACUUCAACAUUGCAACAACAAAAAAUGAUGAGAAAUCUGAAUGGUCCAAAGGUACAAUUUCUGAUUGAUGACGUAUCCCAUGCAACGGAUGAGACUACCAGCAGUGCUGAUUCUUCAUACACGGAAGUUACUCAAAAUGCAGAUAGUUGUAAUAGUAAAGGCUUCAAUAAGGGUUCAAUGCACGACAUAAAUAUAUUUAGUGUUGAACCUUUGCGUUCGGGCAGUGGCACAAACGCUGAACAGUCAUCUGCUUUGUACCGGAAAUUUAUUGAAAAUGUUUUAAAAUCAAGGGGAUUAGCUAAAGCUUUAGCUUUUCUGCAUAAGCUCCACAAUGUGGUGAUGUGUAAAGCGCAGAUCUCAUUAGAAAAACCAGGCACUGAUGAUUAUGACUUCGAGACGGAGAAAUUCGAAGACAAUAUACCACACUUAGAAGCGGAUAUAGAUGAUGAGCAGAUGGAAGAAUUAAGACGUUAUGGGUAUUGGAGCGAAGAGUACAAGUCGAUUAAUUUACCUAAUUACAUUCCGACAUUUGUAUUUCUAAGCGGUGUUCCUCUACAAUUUAUGCAUGAAUUUUUACGCAUGCGCCUCGAGACUCGACCAUCUAAACCAAAUCCUCUCAGUUUGGAGCAGAUUAUGAAAGAAUUGCGAGAAGGUCUUACAUUAGCCUUAACCCAUAGAGAGCGCUAUCAGCGUCAUAUAACUACUGCUCUAGUAGAAAAUGAGGAUGAUUUGGAACGUUAUAUGGGUACGUUGCAGCAAUAUGAUCAGACAGUACGCAAAGUAUUCGAAUUAUAUCUAGAUUAUAUAGAUCAACUAGUGCUAGUCACAGUGCCAGAGAAUAAUCAAAAAUCUGCACUGGAAAGGGAAUGGAUGUUUACGAAAUUAGUUAGUCCAAUGGUCGCCGGAAUGCACAUAUUGGCUGCCAAAAAAUUUUGCAUGAUAAUACGUAAUCUUCUUAAAGGUAUUUCGGAACGUUUAGUUAAUCGAUCUAAGGAGUUGGAUAUGCAAAUUGACGACACGGCACAGGCACAGGUUCUGGAGACAGACUUGAAAUGGCAAGUUUUAACUAUAUGCCGAGAAACUCAAUCCUUAUUCACCACUGAACGUAAGUGUUCAGUGAAAGUAUUGUUCUUUGCUAAAACAUUUUGUCGUGACGUCGAAUCUGUCGAUUUUCAUCGCGAACACUACGAACUUGAAUGCGGAGACUGUUCACAGCGAGAACAUGAUGUGGUAUGUAAUGAAGUCAAAGAAUCUUUUAAAUUAUUGAAACGUGACAUUUUGGAUGUAAGAAAUAAAUUAAUAAAAAUUAUUGAAAGGGUCCAAGAGCGUUGUUCACCGGUCUACAUAAUGGAUUUAGAUGAGCAGGAUCGUCUAGCGGUAUUAUCGCGUACCCGUGAAAUUCUUCAUCAAGGCUAUAAGUUUGCUUUUGAAUAUCAUAAAGACGUGAUACGUUUGUUUGAGCAUCGCAUUAUGGCAAGCCAAGCUCAGGAAUACCAAAUAGAAUUGGCUUUAGGUAUUAUCACAUUUGCACAGAUGUGGAUGCAAUUUGUGACGGAACGUUGCGAACGUGGACGUGGCAUGCGACCCCGAUGGGCUUCACAGGGCUUGGAGUUCCUUAUAUUGGCUUGUGAUCCGCAAAUUACAAAGCAUCUCGACGAUAUUCAAUUUGAUGAGUUGAAAAAGAAAAUGGAUUUAUGUAUAUCGCAUGUAAUCGGUAUUACUUCCGAGCCAGAAAGGGUAGCUCGGAAAAAAGCCUCACCCCGAUCUAGAAAGACAUCAUCCCCAGCCACUAGCAGAUCACGUACACCGACUCGGUCACCUAUGUCUGCCAGCAUCUCUCCUUCACCGUUUAAUAAAUUCUUGCAACCUCAGUUUAGUUAUAAGGAAGAACUUUACCAACGAACAUCUUCUAUCGAUUCAACGGAUGGAGAUUUAACUUCAACGUCAACCAAUAGAAAUGCAACUAUCGGUGAUCUACGUUUAAUAGUUCCUACCAUUGGUAACAAAUCCGCUGCAGUUUCGCCACAAAGCGAAGUCUCAGCACGUUCCUUAACUGAUGCAUCGUUAGCUUUACAUCAGAUACGUUUAAGAGAUGCCGUCAAUCGUUUGGAUAUGGAAUUAGAUGACAAACUACGUGAACGUAAUUUAAUAGGACACGUUAAGACCCUAAAUUCCAGUGAUAAAGUACAAAUUAGAGCACGUAGUGUGAAUUUCCGUUGGCAUCGGGGUAUUAAAAUUGGACAAGGACGUUUCGGUAAAGUUUACACAGCCGUUAACAAUAAUACUGGUGAGCUAAUGGCCAUGAAAGAGCUCGCUAUACAUCCGGGCGAAACAAGAGUUUUAAAAAAUGUUGCUGAAGAAUUAAAAAUUCUUGAAGGUAUUACGCAUGAAAGCCUGGUACGGUAUUACGGUAUUGAAGUGCAUCGUGAGGAAUUGUUAAUUUUCAUGGAAUUGUGCUCCGAGGGUACUUUAGAAUCUUUGGUUGAGUUGACCGGCAGUUUGCCGGAGGGUCUAACCCGGCGUUUCACUGCUCAGCUAUUGGCAGGUGUAACCGAGCUUCAUAAACAUGGUAUUGUACAUCAAGACAUAAAGAGCGCUAAUAUAUUUUUAGUAGCCGGGGGUAAUAGUCUAAAGUUGGGCGAUUUUGGCUCAGCAGUUAAGAUACAAGCUCAUACUACCAUACCGGGUGAAUUACAAGGUUACGUAGGGACACAAGCUUAUAUGGCUCCUGAGAUAUUUACUAAAACUAAUAGCGGCGGUCACGGGCGAGCGGUCGAUAUUUGGUCGGUCGGGUGCGUGGUGGUGGAAAUGGCUUCUGGCAAGCGUCCUUGGGCACAAUUUGAUUCGAAUUUUCAAAUCAUGUUUAAGGUAGGCAUGGGAGAAAAACCCGAAACCCCCGAAAAUCUAUCUCAAGAAGGGCAUGACUUUAUUGAUCAUUGUCUUCAACAUGAUCCUAAAGAUCGUAUGACUGCUUUGGAACUCUUAGAGCAUAAUUUCUGCAAAUAUGGCCGUGAAGAAGAUUUCAGCACAGAAGAAUCAAAGGAACCAGAACGGCGAUCAUUUCGCCGUUACAAUGUUAUAUGAAAUCAAAUUUAACUUUUUUUGUUUUUUAUUUAUGUUCGCUUUAAAAGAAAUUUGGAUUAGUACGUACUUAGGUGGGAAAAAGUAUCCCAUAGAAAAACUUAAUAAUAGAAAUUUACUUAAAAGACAAUAAUAUAAUAAGGUAAACGAAAUAUGUGAUUAAACGAUUAACAGACAAAUUACAUUCGAAAAUUGAAUGGAUUUAUUUAUG